AUGACGCCGGCGACCAAGGCCAAGUCGCUGGAGAAGCUCGAUGCGAUCGUCACCAAGAUCGGGUAUCCCGAUCUCUGGACCGACUUUUCGGCGCUGCGUGUCGACGGCAGCUACGUCGAGGUCGUGCUCUCGAUGCAGCGCUUCAUGUUUGCGGAAACCAUUGUGCGCCGCGUGGACCAGCCCGUGCAAAAGCACAAGUGGGAGAUGCCGCCGCAGAUGGUCAACGCGUACUACAACCCGAUGGCGAACGAGAUCGUCUUCCCCGCCGCAAUCCUCCAGUCGCCGUCGUUUUCGCUGGACCGCGACAUGGCCAUGAACUUUGGCGCGAUCGGUGCCGUGAUUGGCCACGAGAUGACGCACGGCUUUGACGACCAAGGUCGGCUCUUUGACGCCGCGGGCAACCUCUCGGAAUGGUGGACGCCGGAGGACGCUGCCGCGUUCAAUGCGCGCACCCAAGUCGUCGUCGACCAGUUUAGCAAGUACCAAGUGCUCGGCCGGCCCGUGAACGGCCAAUUGACGCUGGGCGAGAACAUCGCCGACAUUGGCGGCGUCAAGAUCGCAUACCGAGCGCUGCAGCUCUACUUGGCCAAGCACGGCCGCCCGGACGAACUCAUCGACGGGUACACGCCCGAGCAGCGCUUCUUCCUCGCGUGGGGCCAGUUCUGGGCGUCAACCGACCGCGACGAACAGGCGCUCAAGCUCUUGUCCGUCGAUGUGCACAGCCCGGGCUUCCUCCGCAGCUUUGCGCCGCUCAAGAACCUCCCGGAAUUUUACACCGCGUUCAACAUCCAAGAAGGCGACGGCAUGUACUUGCCCGAAGCCGAGCGCGCGGCGAUCUGGUAAUCGCGAUCGCCGAUUGCAUCAAUUGCGUAAUGAUAAGCUCAAGUGGCUUCUUUGCUGUCUCU